UCCAGUCACAGCCAAGGCAUGGUGUUCGUAAGCUCAGCCGUGCUCGGUGCAGCAGCCGGUACCGGUCUAGCUCUACUGGUCGCUGUCACGAUCGUCAUGUACCGGUACUACGUGGUACGACGGAAGGGUAAAGAGUGGGCCGAGUUGGACCGGCUGGAGGAGAAAAAGGCAGCCCGGAAGAUUAACCUGCAGGAUUGUAACGUGUCGAGCGGUUCGGUACCGGUACAGCCAGCCAGCAGUGUCGUCCAUCAUUCGAUUAGCUCGGAAACGCUAGGCACUGGCCCAGUGGAAGUAACACCCAGUCCACUGCAACCGACACUCGCCGCGGUGGGAUCGACGAAAAAAUCGUACGGCACGGGUGACACACGCGGUGGACCCGGCUAUCGACCGUCGCAUGCAGCGGCUUCGUCUGCCUCGCGCAAUAACAGCAUGGAGAGUGUCCAUUCGAGAAGUUCGAGCUACCGGGAGAGUGUGCCGAAAUUUAUGACACACGCAAACAGCGACACACGCUCGACUACUUCCGAUAAUAUAAUUCUGAGGAAAUCUCGCUCGCCUAGCCCGAUGCGUACAUUCAGCCUGGAGGGACGCUUUCCCAUCGGCUCCGGAAGUAAUUCGGGCGCCGUGGGACCAGCCGAUGGCACGGAACGGGGCAGCAAAGCUAGUCUUACAUCGGUCGUCAGCAGCGGUGGUCCACGCGAGUUCAACUCACCCAAGAAGCGUAACAGCACCUUUUCGGGUGUAAUGUCACUGGUGGGUGAGGGGAAUGCUCCCGACAGUCCUAUCGGUUCCAUCCGCUCCGACAGCAGCCGUUCGCCCCGGAGACGAGUUCCGGUGAUUUUGGCAGCAAACGAUAUCCACUCGGUUCUGGGACGCUUUCAUCUGAGGCUUAAGUACGAUGGUAGCAAGGAAGAGCUGUUGGUCCAUCUGGUUGAGGCACAAGAUCUAACGCCUGCCGGAGAUGCUGGAUUUCGAGAUCCGUACGUAAAGUUGUUCCUGGAACCGGACGAAGAACAGCGGACCCAACAGACGGCGGUACACCGAACCGAAACGCAUCCGUACUUUGACCAGCAACUCUCGUUCCCGCUGAAACCUCGCAAUCUAGUCAAGAGCAACUUUGUGCUGCAGCUAUUGGAUUACGAUCGUUUUUCGCACGACGAAGUCAUUGGCGAGAUUCGCUUCCUGCUGAACACACUCGACCUGUCCGGUUGUGAGCUUUGGGGAGAUUUGAUCGCAGUACGCAAACCUUCAGAAUCGUCCUCGGAAUUGCUGAUCUCGCUAAGCUAUCUGCCCCAAGCGGAGCGGCUCACGGUGGUUGUGAUGAAGGCGAAGAACCUCUCCAUCUCCCACGAACCCUUCGUGAAGCUGUACCUACUCGUGAACGAUAAGCGCACAAAAAAACGUAAAACCAGUGCAAUUCGUGCGCUGGACCCAACAAACCCGAUCUGGAACGAGGCGUUUACGUUUGAGCUGCCGUCGUCGCAGUUGCAGGACGCCGGUGUCGAGCUGUUUGUAACAUCGAACGAAGGCGAAGGGCAGGAUCUGGGCUGUGGGGUGGGAUUGCGCGAAGGUGGCAGCGGUACGCAACACUGGCAGGAUUUGAUGCAGAACAAUCGUAAACCCAUCGCCAUGUGGCACGUUCUUCGAUAAGCAGCCGGUGGCAAAAU